AUGGAGAACAAAACGUCUAUCAACUAUUUUGUUCUCUCAGGUGUUUCCAAUGAUCCACAGCUCCAGACUUUCUUCUUCCUGGUGUUUUUAGUUAUUUACCUAAUCACCCUUCUGGGGAACAUGCUGAUUAUGCUGGUGAUAAAGACUGAUCCACACCUUCACUUUCCCAUGUAUUUUUUCCUAUUCCAUUUAUCCUUCCUUGAUGUCUGCUAUUCCUCAGUCACUCUCCCUAACAUGCUGAAGAUCUUCAUAACAGAUAAGAACACAAUUUCUUUCAAUGGCUGCAUUGCCCAGAUGUGCUUCAUUCUUCUGACAGGCUGCACUGAAAUUUUCAUGCUCUCAGCGAUGGCUUAUGACCGAUAUGCUGCCAUAUGUCACCCACUGCAAUAUGCAACAACUAUGAAUAUACAAGUUUGCAGUCAAUUGGUGGGUGGUGCCUGGUCAAUUAGCUUAUUCUAUUCACUGGUAAACACCAUUCCUGUGUCAUAUUUACACUUCUGUGGGCCAAAUCAAGUCAGUGGUUUCAGUUGUGAGCUCCCUUCUGUGUUAGACUUGUCCUGCAUGAAGACCCUCCUCAAUGAAAUGGUGUUUAUCGCUUCUGCGGCAAUUUUAGGAUUGAUUGCAUUCCCCCCUACUGUGAUCUCCUACAUCCACAUCAUCUCCACCAUCUUGAGGAUACGCUCCGUGGAGGGCAGGCGUAAAGCCUUCUCCACCUGCAGCUCCCACCUCAUUGUUGUGACCUUAUACUACGGGACUGCUUUGUUUAGAUACUUGAGACCCAACUCAGCCUCCUCAGUUGUUCUAGACCGGGUAUUAUCCAUCCAGUAUGGCAUCUUAACCCCCAUGUUAAACCCCAUUAUCUACAGCCUGAAAAAUAAGGAGGUGAAAACAGCUCUGAAGAGAAUAUUGGGAGGGGAAUUCAUAUUUCUCAAGUAA